AUGGAGGCAACUAAUUUAGCGCUGUCUUCGAGAGAAUCCAAGUCCCGGAGUGAUCACAAAGUUAUGGAAAUGAACAGCAAACCCAAUCAAGUAGGAACAGUUCUUCUAUAUGGGGUGCCAAUAGUGUCGCUAGUCAUUGAGGGCAUAGAGCGCCUCUGUUUAGCUCAGAUAUCGAACACACUGUUAAAGCAGUUUUCCUACAACGAGAUACACAAUAGAAGAGUUGCUUUGGGCAUCACUUGUGUGCAGUGUACGCCUGUGCAAUUGGAGAUUUUGAGGCGCGCUGGUGCAAUGCCAGUUUCUUCAAGACGUUGUGGAAUGAUAACCCGUCGAGAAGCAGAGCGACUGUGCAAAUCAUUUCUGGGCGACAACGCCCCGCCAAGGCUGCCUGAUGACUUUGCAUUCGCGGUACACCAUGAAUGCGCUUGGGGAUGCCGUGGUGCUUUCCUACCAGCCCGAUACAACUCAUCCCGUGCUAAAUGCAUCAAAUGCACUUAUUGCGGCCUAUUCUUCUCACCGAACAAAUUCAUCUUCCAUUCGCACCGAGUCGGUCCUGGAGACAAGUACGUUCAGCCGGAUGCCGCUAACUUCAAUUCUUGGAGACGACAUAUGAAGCUGAGCGGGAAUCCUCCAGUAGAAGUGGUUCAUGCUUGGGAAGACGUUAAGGCUAUGUUUAAUGGCGGUACACGGAAGAGAAUGUUGUCUGCCGCUAGAAGGGUACCUAUCCGCAGGUCGGAGGAGAGCGAGGCGAAGCGUGUGCCGGCCAGCCCUCCGAGCGCUCACACGCCGGUCCCAAGGCUCGCUGACUAUGUGUGGGGCGCUAGGCUGCCUCUGCCGUACGCUUUACCGUGGCUUAAGCCAACUUUGUGGACGCCAGGUGCACUAACAGCUCUAAGCGGAGUGGGGGCUAUGGAGGAGCCACGUGCAUUCCGACCGGUGAUCACGCAUCGUUUGGACUCGCCACAGAUAUCACCACUUACAUCACCGUCACGAUCACCGAACAGAUCGCCAAUAAAUAAAUCUCCCAGCAGCCGCUCGCCGCUCCGGUCACCGCUCCAGUCGCCGUCUCGCUUAUCGCUUCGCUCGCCGCCCCGUUCCCCGCUGCGCUCUUCGCCCGCGCGAUCCACUAAAAGCGACCGCGAUAGCGAUGAAAGUGUCGACAUUGAAACAACCGAAGAUGAUCAGACUAAAGAUGUGUCAUGCACGUGGCCAUGCCGCAGCGUGCCCACCCCACGCCCCGACUGCUGGAGCAGCCUCGUGCCCAAGGUGGAGAGAGAAGAGGACAGGGAACCAUGGCGUCUCCCAGACCUACGUCCACCAAUUCACUACUUGCAUGACCGUGAGAGAGACAGCUGCGCCGCAUGUGUUGCUCCGCUACCACUGCUACCGCCGACAGCACCAGCGCCGCAUUAG